AUGGCCGAGAUCAAGGACUUCAACAGCCUCUUCAGGCUCGAUGGGAAAAUCGCCGUUGUCACUGGAGGCUCCCGCGGCAUCGGCUUGUACUGCGCGACCGCCUUUCUGCAGGCCGGCUGCUCCAAGGUGAUCAUCACGGCGCGCAACGCCGAGAAUCUCGCACAGGCCGUCACCCAGCUCAACGCGCUGCCCAACAUCCAGGGCAAAGCCGUGAGCAUCCCGGCCAACGUCGGCCACACGGACCAGAUCGAGAAGUUCGUCCGGGACGUGCAGGCCGAGAUCGAGCGCGACGAGAGGCCCGGCAGGGGCCUGGAUAUCCUCGUGGCGAACGCGGCGGCGAGCUGGGGCGGGCCGUUUGAGAGCUUCGAGGAUUGGAAGAGCAUCAAGACUUUGGAUUUGAAUGUUAGGGGCGUGUUUAAUUUGUGCAGGCUGAUGGUCCCACUCCUCUCCAGCGCGGCGACGCCCGAAGACCCCUCGCGGAUCCUGAUCACGUCGUCGGUCGGCGGGAUCAUCGUGCCGCACGUCGGGGCGCGGGGCGCCAUCAUGUACUCCGUGUCCAAAGCUGCGGCGCACCACCUGGGGCGCAACCUCGCACUCGAGCUGAUCCCCAAGAACAUCACCACGAACAUCAUCGCGCCGGGCUUCUUCCCCAGCCGCCUGGCGAACCCGCAGAUCGACUAUCUCGGCGGCGAGAACGUCGUCGGCAAGCAGAACCCCGCUGGCCGCCUGGGCAGGCCCGAGGACAUCGCCGGCCUAGUGGUCUAUCUGUGCAGUCGCGCCGGCAGCUAUGUCAACGGGGAGGACAUCUCUGUUGAUGGCGGCGCGAGGUUGAGGGUUGGCACACAUCCGGGCAGCAUGGAUGAGAGGGGGAAAGCGGGUAGUAAAUUGUGA